GUGAGGAUAUUUAUUAUUUGCCUUUUAAGUUGAAGAGCAUUGACUUCGCCAUGUUUCCUUAGCCUAAACUUUUAUAUUUUUUUUUCCUAGAAAAUGGCACAUCACUACUUUCCUAUUGCUGAUCUGAAAAAGGCCUUGGCCUUACUGAAACCUGUAACUUCUACUGCAUUGGUCUCACAAGCUACUACACCAGCCCUAGAUGUCACGAAAGCUGCUUUGAAUAGGGCCUUGACCUUACCAAAGCCUGUAGCUCCUACUGUAUCGGUCUUACAAGCUACUGGGGGUGCUACACCAACCCUAGAAGUCACGAAAGCUGCUCUGAAUAAGGCCUUGACCUUGCCGAAACCUGUAGCUCCUACUGCAUUGGCCUCAGAAACAGCUGGGGGUGCUUUUGCUACCUCAGUCCUAGAAACCAUGGAAACUGCUCUGUAUAAGGAGGCUUUAGCUUUAUCGAGUCUUGCUCCGCCUAUUGCACGGGCUUCAGAAAGAGUUUCAACUAUCGCUGUGGUCCCUGCGGCUAGAGCACCUCCUGCCACACCAGAAAUAGCCGUUCCAGUUACUCCUAGUCCACCUGCGCCAAUGGAUUGGAGAACUGCACAAGUAGAGCCAGUUGUAACUGUACCUCCAUAUGUGGACAUAAAUGCUGCAGCUAAGCUUCCACCUGUGAUACCUGCAGCGCUAAAACCGAUGCUAGCGACGGCACCAGUGACAAUGACAGGGGCUAUAACAGCACCAGCGACUGCUGCGACUCCGAUAGCGGCAGCCUUUCCUAAUAUCGACAUGUUAUUAUUAUUAUUCAAGGAGAGAAAGGAAAGGGUUAAGAGGAGAGAAAGGUUAUCCUUUUGUCAAUUUUCCAGAGCCUUACUUGUCAACUUAUUCUCUUUGGGUAUUUCCCCCGUGGCACACUUGCACUUUUGUUCGGAGGCAAAUGUGUAUGGUAAAAUGUUAAGCAGCAUCCAUAGAGCGAUGCUCCAGCGCGUGAUUUUAAUAGCCAUCUUGAUGAAAGAAAGUGUCAAAAAUGAUGGGGAAAUGAAUAACGAAAGCAAAAUCAGGGCUCAGAGAAAAAAUGAAGAGAGAGGAAUGGCCUGUGGAUUCUUUUAGUUAUUGAUGCUGAUUCGAUGAAUGCUGCCCUCAUUAGACAUUAAGCACAUUCAUAAUUGCAAUCAUU